AUGAGUAAUAUGAGCAUAGUUGGUGAAAUUCCAGACACUUUAUCCAAGCUGACCCAAUUUAGAAUAUUCAAUUUGUCUUCUAACACGUUGAACGGGACAAUACCUAGUGAGAUUUGGAGAAUGCAGAAUAUGGAGGUCCUCGAUCUACACAGUAACUCUCUAUCAGGUCGCAUACCAGGCGAUUGCUGUAAGCUCGAGAAUCUGUCCCUCCUUUUAUUAGACGACAAUCAUCUCUCCGGCCCAAUACCAGAAAACCUUGUACAGUUACAAUUUCCCUUCAUCUUCCUCAAUCUCUCUAGUAACCAACUCACAGGCAAGAUUCCAUCUCCUUUCGAGAUGGGAAGAUUUCAAUGGAGCUUUCUUUCCAAUCCCAGCUUAUGUUCCUCCAACCACUUUGGAAACCUUCCUCCAUGCACCAGAUUGCACUUGAAGAUGCUUGUAAUUAUUCUCCUCGUCUUUGGUUCAGCCAUUCUCAUAUGCACAAGGCUGAUUGGUUUAACUAAGAUCAAGGCAUUUUUCUCAAAGGAAAAGGACGACGCCCCAUCUCCACAGUGGAAACUGACGGCCUUCCAAGCUAUUGAUUAUGACAUUCAAGACAUCCUUUGCAACCUCAUUGAUACAAACCUUGUUGGCAGCGGUGGCUCAGGAAAGGUAUAUAAGAUCUGCCUUGGUAACAGAAACGGCGGGGUUAUAGCUGUCAAGCAAAUAUGGUCUAGUAGUGGUGAACUGGAACAUGAUGUGCUGGAAAAGCAGUUUCAAGCUGAGAUUGAGAUUCUUGGAUCCAUCCGACACGCCAAUAUCGUAAAGUUGCUUGGCUUCAUAUCAAGCUCUGAAUCGAAGCUCCUCAUAUACGAAUACAUGGAACAUGGUAGCCUGUAUGAAUGGCUGCAUCAGAAAGAUGACCCUACUAGUACAACUAGACGGUUGUUGAACUGGCCGAUAAGAAUGUCAAUAGCAAUCGAUGCAGCAAGAGGGCUGUGUUACAUGCACCACAGUUGCUCUCCUGCUAUAGCACACCGUGAUGUGAAGUCCAGCAACAUCCUACUGGGUCCUCAGUUCAAAGCAAAGAUUGCGGACUUUGGCCUAGCUCGCUCUCUACUUAAAGCUGGCGAGCCAGAGUCUGUCUCGGCUGUGGUUGGGUCCUUCGGAUACAUAGCUCCAGAGUUCGGAAGCUCGAGAAAAAUGAACGAGAAAGUUGAUGUGUACAGCUUUGGGGUUGUUCUCUUGGAGCUGGUAACAGGGAGGCGUGCAAAUGGUGGGGGCGGGUACGAGAAUUUGGCGCAAUGGGCAUGGAGGCAAUUUCAUCAAGAUGAGAGCAUCCAAUUGACAAAUGUGAUUGAUGCAGACAUACGAGAUCCAGCCUACUCGCGUGAGGUACAACUGGUGUUCAAGCUAGGGCUAAUUUGCACGGGCACAAACCCAUCAUCACGGUCGUCCAUGAAGCAGGUGCUGCAGGUCCUGCAACGCUAA